CUCACCAAAUGAGCCGUCAAAUUGCGACAUCGGUUUGGACCUAAUGGCCUUCAUUUAGUGUAAGAUCGGGCCCAAUGAUGACCAUACAGAACAGCCGUUCCAUUUGGUUUCGGUUUCGGCUUGACAUUUAUAUUCAGAACACGACCAGGCGAUUAGGCAGAUUUCGGCACAGAUUGAGCUCCAACAGAAGCUGCACUUGGCGUAGCCUGUACUGGGCCCGGCUGGAGGAGCGGCGCAAGUCAUAUUUAGGCACUAUUAAGCGGUGGCCAAAUGCCGGACAAAAGCAAUUAAAAAAUUACGUGUUUAAUCGCCUACGCAACAGCAACAGAAGUAACAGCAAUCAAUAUUUCAGUUCCAAUAGAUAUGAUAUGUAUAGGAAAUCAAUCCACAGACCACGCCAGUUGUCCGCCAGGCUCCAAGCAUAACACAACGCAACACAACGGUCUGCCAACGGAAGAGGAGCCCGCCACCCUGACCACCGAUACUACAGGAUAGCCAUCGAUACCAGAUACCCGUACCGAUACCCCAAUCGAUAGCAAGUCGAAACGAAGCAAUGAGCGCCGAAAGCGAGAACGGUACACAGCUGAGACGCGAUCUGAACGAACUGGUUGAGUGGUUCCAUCAAAAUGAGAAGCUGCCGCAAGAGAUUGAUCCCCUGCUGCUGCGGCGCUUCUACCAGUGCAUGUACGGAGACGUUGAGGAGACCAAGAAGCUAAUCGAGGUGAACUAUUCCCUGCGCAACCGUCAUCCCCAUCUGUUCAUCAAGCGGGAUCCACUGGACGACGACAGCCAGCGAACCUUUGAUUAUGCGGACAUACUGCCGCUCCCAGGCCUCACGCCGGAUGGCUACAAGGUGUCCCUGUACUGCUUCCGGGAGUUCGAGGCCACAAAGAUGCAUCACACCGAAGAUACGCGCGCCUUCUUCAUGGUCGCCGACUGUCGCUUCAUCACGCCGGACGAUUCAGCCCGACCGGGCAUCCUCUCCGAAGGCGAGGUCCAGAUCUUUGACAUGAAGGGGACCACCAUGCGCCACAUAUCGCGCCUAACCAUCAGCACGCUACGCGCAUACAUAAAGUUCCUUCAGCUGGCCUUUCCCGUUCGUCUACGGGCCAUUCACAUGGUCAACUGUCCAUCGUAUCUCGAUAGAAUCGUGAGCGUGGUAAAGCCCUUCAUCAGCGACGAGGUUUUCAAGUUGAUACGCUUUCAUACAGUCAGCAUGGAAUCGCUGUACGCCUUUGUGCCACGGGAAAUGCUUCCGGAGGAGUACGGGGGCUCGGCCGGAUCGCUGGACACGCUGCGAACCCAAACCAAGCAGGCCUUGGUCGAGCAUCGCGAUUAUCUGAUGAACCCUAACCACUGGCUGGUGGAGAAGUCUGAGAAGCGUAACGGUCAUUCAUGGAGAAUUUUCCGAUAAAUUCAAAAUUUGAGGCCUAAUUUUGUUUUCCCCUAAAUUUUUAUAAGUGGGCGUCCAGCCAUGCAAUUGUAUAAAUGGUAUAUUAAACGGAUGUUUUGCAAGUUCCUACGGAAACAA